AUGGGUCAAUUCAGCAACGGUCUCUUCGGCUGCUUUAGCGAUAUUCCUCUUUGCUUGACCACGUACUGUGUGCCAUGCUAUACGUUCGGAAAGACGGCUGAGGCAGUGGGCGAAGACUGCUUGAUGUGUGGUAUCGUCCUGAUGGUCCCGUGUGCGAAUAUUUGGUUCGCGACCCAAAUCCGCGGCAAAGUCAGAGAGCAGAAAGGAAUCGAGGGAAGCUUCGUGAAUGAUCUGCUGAUGACGUGGUGCUGCGGUUUCUGCUCCAUCAUACAAGAAGCGCUGGAAAUGGGAGUCAAAGCGCCCAUUGGGAACUCCAUCGCUCGCUCGUAG